CCCAACGCUUCAACGCGAAGCGAUUGCUUGGUUCUCAUUUUUUUGAAAGCUAUCUAUAUAAAAGCAUUUUUGCCUCCCUUUCUCACUUAAUUCACAAACGAACUUCAAACGAAAAUGUAUCGAGAAACCGUAGUUUUUACUUUUAUAUUUAGUUCAGUAUUAUGUUCCUUGCUUAGCGGUGAUUUUGAUAUAGCUGAUGGUGUUAGAUUAGUCAGUAUAUCUGAUAAUAGUUUGGACGAUGAGGGAAGAUCUAUUGGUGAUACGCCGUUAUAUAGGAUGGCAAAGUUUCUCCACAACCACGAACUACAUGUAAAGCUGCCGAAUCUAAUUGAAAAGGAUAAAUUGAGUAAAAUCUUCUCUGAAUCGCUGAAAGCUAUUGACGAGUCUUACAAGGAAAAUAAUGUGACCGGUCGAGGCAGCAAAGAUGGUGGAGGAUCCCUGGCGCUGCUUGGACUGAUGUUCGCGAAGACAUUGGGAGCGGUGGGGAUUGGAGGCUUGGGACUACUUACUAUGAAGGCGUUAGCCGUGUCAGCUCUCGCUCUAAUGCUGUCAGCCAUCGUCGGAGUCAAGAAACUCAGCUCGCAUGAUGACCACGACGACCACCAAGUCAUCUACGCUGGUCACCACGGCUCGCAUAGACGGAGACGGGACGUACCUUUACCCUACCAGACAUUACCUUACCAGGGAUGGGAUAGAAACAGGAACAUUGCUAAUUGACUUGUAUAGAUAUCAGUGGCGUAGCGUGCCUUGUAGGGGCCCUGUAACCUUGAUAUUUUUUUUGAUUAAAUUAAUUGAGGGGCCCAAAUGAAGGGGAAAAAAUUAUUACAAUAGAAACAAAAGUGCUUGCAUA